AUGAUUGCUCAGGCGAUACCAGAUAAGCUAGCAUCCAUAUGUAAUGAGGACAGCGAGCCCAAAUUGGAUGAGAAUGUUAAUUCGCCGGAUUAUAGAUACCAGCGCGAGCUGAAUAAUCGCAUCCGUCGUGAGCAGGAAUCGGAUUAUCAGCGUAGUUUGGCAGCUGAUCGUGAGCGACUGAAAGAACGGAAGCGGAUUGAGUCGGAGAGAAAGCUGGCGGAAAAGAAUGAAAGAGAAAAAAGAAAGAGGGAGCAAGAAAAGAAAGAAGUAUGCUUUCCCCUUCUUAAAUGUCCAGAUAUGGCUGCAUCUUCGUGUUUUAGCGGUAUGAGUGAAAGUACCGUUAGCAGGGAGUUUUUUUCUUUGCCGGUUUACUUGUUUUUGAUAAGUUCAGCAGACUUAAGCCGAUGGUUCGAAUUUAGGGAAUGUUGUUCUGUUUUGCGAUUCGUUAUUUUAUUUCGAGGAUAA